AUGGCAUUCAAUUUGCUUGGAUUGGCAACCUUGGCUGCUGGCGCUCUUGCCAGUUGCGGCACCACGCUUAUGCCUGAACACAAGGACAUGUACAAGAGAGCGGCUUCUUUGACACGCCCAGAAGAUCUCUCACUAGCCUCUCGACAGACAGUUGAGAUUGAUACAUACAUCCACGUGGUCAGCAAUGGUACCACCGCAGAAGAAGGAUACGUCACCGUAGAUCAGUUAGACCAGCAGAUGGCUGUGUUAAAUGAAGUUUUUGGGCGCCACUCGUACCACUACAACGUAAAGAACGUUGAAUACAUCGAGAGUGAAGCAUGGGCCCAUGGAGAGGAUAGACAAAACAUGUUGAUGACUCUUCACAAGGGCGAGUACCAUGACCUUAACCUGUACUUUCUCAAGAACAUGGGCCCAACCAACUUUGGCCAAUGUUCUUACCCACUCAAUCUUACAAAUUUCGAAGGUACAGAGGGUCUAAAGGAACGAAUGAUUAUGUUGGACGGCUGUAUGGUUGUCUCAAACACUGUGCCAGGCGGAUCUCGUCCUGGCAAGCAUGAUGGCUUAGCGACUGUCCAUGAAGUCGGACACUGGCUGCUGCAUGUUUGGAGUUCCGCCUGUGGGGAUGAUGGUGACCUAGUCGACGACACACCUGCGCAGAGUACCCAUCACUAUGGGUGCCCUGUAGGCGCCGACAGCUGUCCGGAUCUCCCGGGGGUUGACUCGAUUAAUAACUAUAUGGACCUGACGGAUGAUGAUUGCCAGACUGGUUUCACUCCAGGUCAAGUGUCGAGAAUGCACACCAUGUGGACGACUUUUAGAGAGCCAACCAUGUGA